UAUGGUAUUCACAUGUAGAGACCAGCGAGGGAACUGCUGCAGUAACAGCGAGAGUUUAAGUGUAAGUAGUUCAAUGGCCACAUAUUACAACUCAACCUCGGACGAAUCAUUUGUUAAGCAACACAAUGAGAGACUUCUGGCAAGUCUUAAGCCAGGCGAUAUCGUCAAGUUUCACCGGGGAGUGUAUUUUCACUUCGCUCUUUACAUCGGUAACGGUAAGGUGAUCCACCUGACGGCUCCAGACAACUGUCCAGGUGUGUCCGGCAGCAUCCACUCACGGAAUGUGGCAUCUAUGGCCAGUGUUCCAGUGGACAAGGCUCUGGUCGCAGAGGAAGAUUUUUUUGAGGUGGCUAAUGGCAACAAAGCUUACAAGGCCAACAAAGAGGAAUGGAACAGCUUUGAUCUUGAGACAGUUCUGAAAAAAGCUAAGCAGAGUCUAGGAGAAACAAAAUAUAAUCUACUCACACGUAAUUGUGAACAUUUUGUUAAUGAGGUGAAGUAUGGAAGAAAACAGAGUGAUCAGGUGAACGAAGGUAUAAGUGUGACGACUGGGUUACUGGGGGCAUUGGCUGCUGUUGGUACUGCUGUUGUCACAGGUGUGAUGCAAGCAAUCAAGAAACAGUAGUUAAAUGACUAGUUCCCUAGCCGAGUUGUAAUUAUUCUCACUAUACUAAUUGUCACGCUCCA